ACCAGUCUCAGAUUUCCGUAGAGGAAGACCGCCGAGACGUCACAUGGAGAGAUGCAACCAGCAGUAGCUGCUUCACCACUAAUCACACAACAUUAACAUAACUAGCUAGUACAAGCUAACAUAGCCUGCUACAUAAUUCGCCUUGGAUUUAUCAUACAUCCGGAAUUGCAAAUCUACAAGAAACAAACGCAAGAUACAUAGCCGGUGCAAAACGGAAAACAACUCUACGGUCACACACAUUUAUCGUGGCCUAUUCAUUGCAUCCAACUGGCAGGCUAUUUGGGCUAGCUAGCGAAGCCAUCGAUAGCAAACUCUGCCUUGGCUAGCGUCAGGCUAGCCAGCUAGCUAGCUAGCUACUAACAUCGCUAACGGUAGUUAGCUAGCUAGCGAGCUGUAGUAACUUGCGUCAUGGAUGAACUAGUCGUGGAAGUGAGGGGAACAAGUGGGGCCUUUUAUAAGGCCUUUGUGAAGGAUGUUCACGAAGGAUCGGUCACUGUGGCAUUUGAAAACAAUUGGCAGCCAGAGCGCCAAAUCCCGUUCCAGGAUGUUCGUUUUCCUCCUCCAACAGGGUUCUGCAAGGAGAUCAAUGAGAGUGACGAGGUCGAGGUUUAUUCCAGGGCGAAUGACAAGGAGCCAUGUGGAUGGUGGCUGGCCAAGGUUCGCAUGGUCAAAGGAGAGUUUUACGUAAUAGAAUACGCUGCAUGUGACGCUACGCUAAAUGAGAUCGUGACACUGGAGCGGUUACGGCCGGUCAACCCGAAUAAACCAGCCACCAAAACCACCUUCAUCAAGAUCAGACUGGAAGUACCUGAGGAUCUACGGCAGAUGUGCUCUAAGGAAUCGGCACACAAAGACUUUAUAAAGGCCGUGGGAGCGUUCAAUGUCACCUACGACUCGGAGAAAAAGCAGCUGGUCAUUUUGUCUGUGAAUGAGGUCACAACAAAGCGGGCCAAUAUGAUGAGUGACAUGCACUUCAGGAGCCUCCGCACCAAACUGUCACUCAUGCUGAGGAACGAAGAGGCCAACAGACAACUGGAGAGUUCCAGACAGCUGGCGUCACGGUUUCAUGAGCAGUUUGUGGUUCGGGAUGAUCUAAUGGGUCUGGCCAUCGGGACCCACGGGGCCAACAUUCAGCAGGCGCGUAAAGUCUCUGGGGUCACUAACAUAGACCUGGACGAGGAGACGUGCACCUUUCACAUAUACGGAGAGGACCAGGAGGCUGUCCGUGUAGCAAGGAGUUUCCUGGAGUUCUCUGAAGAUGUCAUCAAAGUUCCCCGGAACUUAGUAGGGAAGGUGAUUGGGAAAAAUGGCAAGCUGAUCCAGGAAGUGGUUGAUAAGUCUGGGGUGGUUCGGGUUCGUAUUGAGCCUGAUAACGACAAAAAGCCCUUAGCAGCAGCGGCGGCGGCAGCAGCAGCGGCAGCAAUAGACGAGGGAAUGGUGCCAUUUGUCUUUGUGGGGACCAAGGAAAGCAUCUCCAACGCUACAGUACUGCUGGACUAUCACCUCAACUACCUUAAGGAGGUGGAUCAGCUUCGCCUGGAGCGUCUUCAGAUCGACGAGCAGCUGAGACAAAUUGGAGGAGGUGGAGGAGGGACGGGGCCCCGAAACCUCAAAGACAAAACCUACGUGUUCGAUAACGGCAUGGGGCUGGGGAUGGGGCGAGGAGCAGGAGAACGUGGAGGAGGAGGGAAGCCCUACGGAGGAGGAAGAGGUGGCAGAGGGCGAAGAGGAGGGGGUGCGGCUUUCGCUUCAGGCACCAACUCAGAGGCUUCCAACGCUUCCGAGACGGAGUCGGACCACAAAGACGAGCUCAGCGAUUGGUCGCUGGCCCCCACCGAGGAGCUGAUGACAGGAGGCGGGACCCUGCCCAGACGGGCAGAUGGCAGGAAGAGAGCAGGAGCAGGAGGGCUGAGGGGACGAGGGGGAAGAGGAAGAGGAGGGGGAGGGUAUAAAGGUGAUGACAUGCAGUGGAGCGACCCAAGACCUCGUCAUAUCAGAGACUCCAAGACAAGAGCGCAGGAAGACACUCUACAGAUCCGUGUGGACGGUAACAAUGAGCGCAGCGUGCAGCACUCCUCAGGGGGGCGUGGAGGAGGAGGAGGAGGAGGAGGGCCUUCCUCAUCCCAGUGCGGCGUCAUUGCCAGCGGCGAUGGUCCGUCUCGCCAUCACCAUCCGAGACCCAUCAGAGACAGAGGGAUGAAGAAGGACAAACAGGACGCUCCCCCGCUGGUGAACGGAGUGUCAUAGAUGCACCACUGGAGGACCUUCUCACUUAGACACACACACAUACAGGCAACUCGUCAUAAAACAUCGUAGAGUCUCUCUCGCUUUUUCUUUCUCUGUCUUUGUCAAACACAUGAAUACACAUAUUUCAUCAGCAGGAAGAGUUUACCGUAGUGAAGCCAUCUGGUAUCUGCUGGUCCGCUCUGUUGAGGUCUUUGAGUGUUCUGCUCUGGUUUGUUCCUGACUGUUCUUCUCUGGAGUGACAAAUAAAAGAAACAGUACUUUUUGGUCAAAAGGAAAAGAAGAGGAGGGAUUUGACUUAAGCUCAUCUCUCACACAGGCAUUAACCCCAAAUGUGCUCCCUUCACCCAUCUAAAGCAAAUCAUUUUGUGAUUGUUGUUUUGUUUUUUUAAAUCAACAAAAUUUGAUGUUUUCUUCUUUUUCCUUGCCACUGCCCUCUUUGGACUUUCUUACACCAGAAUAAAAUAGAAUAAUUGCUUGAGAAGGAAACACAGAAUUACAGCCACUUCAGAGGGCAGCAUGACAUAUGUGUUCCUUCCCUCCUGCUGAACACUUUAAACAUAUUUCACUGCACAAUGUUUAUUGUGGAGAUGAUCUGGCAGGAUGGGGUGGCGUCAGUGUUUCCCACAGGUUGGGAAUUUGGCCUGAAUCCAACACACCGAUACUUUUAAACUUCAUUUAUAAAUUCCAAAAUACAAAAUCUUUUUCACCUUCUUAUAUAUAUAUAUCUAUAUCUCUAUAUCUAUAUAGAGAUAUAGAUAUAUAUAUAUAAGCAACACGCAGCGCUUUCAGGCGGGGAGAUGUUUGUUGAGGGAACCUUUUGCUUUUGGGUUGUGAUUUGAACCUGGAUCACCAUGUUGACACUUGAGCAAGUCGAACCUGCCUUUGGGAUCGGCAAAGUGGAGAGUUCAAAGUGUCCAUGUUUUAAGGAUGAAAUCCAAGCAGGUAUGCAUGAGCAACGAAUACUUAUCUCAUUGUUUAAAUCAUCUGUGUUUGGUUUCCUGUUGCCAAGAUAACGUGAAAUGUCCUUCAGUCUCUUGGACUGUCAGAAGCAUGAAUUCAACACAUAGUAGACGUACUGAUGGGGAAACAUAAGUCUGAGGCACUUUGAUGCAAAUAAACUGUCAAAAAGCUUUUACAGAAGCAAAAAUACUAAGUCCUAAGAGUCUUCAACAGGGUAGAAAAUGUCAUGCACUGCUGUUAUAUUUCAAAUAAAUGACCUGUGACCAGGACACAGUGACUGGGAAUCAACAUGAAAAGCAAGUUGUGAGCGGUGGUCAGAAAUUUACUGUACAAAAAAAUAGUUUUUAAGUAGGCUGCAUGAAGAUCAAUAACAUUGCUUUUAUUUAUCAAUCCAUUGGUUUUUACUUCGCUGAACAAGCUCUGUAUGUCCACAGUGAAACUGGGAGCCUUGAUCAGUCAUUACUAAAUGUGUAACCUUAAGUUCAGAACAUAAAAAUGGCAGAAGAUUUGUGAUUCAGAGCUGUCUUUGGAGAUGAAACAGAAACAGACUAGGGAGUCCUGGGCUGACAUGUUUUACACUUAAAGAAUCGCACACAAAACUAGACACAGUAGCUUCUGUAAAUCUCAACACUGACAAAAGGAUUCUAAAUUUAGCGUACAAUUGCCAGAAACGGGUAAAACCUUCACAAUCGUAUACAGUCCUAAAAGAAACAGUGACUCAUGACUAAAGCUUUUACUACAGUUAUCAAACACUUUGUGGUACAAAGGAUCCUGCUGUCCUGAUAGAUUCAUGGCAAUAUUUGUGCAGGUGUCCCCAGCAGCACCAGGCUUCUCCUUUUUUAAUUAUUCUCCCAACUCUUGCGUAACGGGCCGAUUGCUUGGCCUCCGUUAUUGCUGCUUGCCGAUUUCUCCAGAACAUUAUAGAAGCAUAACCGUAAUAAAUAUGUCCCACAGAUCUCAAGAGAUCACAUCGCAUGUCCUUGGAUCCUCAGCAACACACCCGCCCAGUGUGAGGUUGGACGGAUGUAGAGAGAAAAUCGGCCUUCCAUUUUAUUUACUCAUUAAUCUCAUUGGCACCAGACUGAUUAAUCCUUUUCAGCCUCAGCAGUGGGACCAUUCACAGACAGGGCUUAGGCUGAGCUAGACUUCCUUUGGCUUCUUCUACUCACUCACAUUUAUCAAAAGCAUUUUUGGACGGACACCAGUGAAAUUACAGUAACUUUUGCUUUCAGACAAACUUGAUCAGGUUGCAGGAUUAGGGCAGCAACAUCGUGAAUGUAGAACUCCUGUCACCCGAUCACAUGAGCUUUUCUUUAAUUUAUGAAACCUUUGUAUUUAACCUUUUUGUUUUCCUAGAAAAUCUGUUUGAAGUAUUACUGUAGAAUAAAAAAACGUUUCAUUGAGUUAUACCGUGACAAAAUAAAAAUUUGCUGUAAGUUUUAUUCUUCCUGGCCCGCCCCUCUUACUUCCUACUUAAACGUUUUUGUAUCGAUCUUAUUUGAUUUUGUUAUUUCCGUUUUGCUGCCUUUUGUAAAUGGUAGGGAGUGUCUGAAUUCUAACCCCGAAUACAACCAAUCGUAAUCUUGUGUUGCCGCAACAAUAAGGGUGCAAUGCAUUUUUUACCUGCAUGAUUUGAACUUUCCUCUACUUCUUGCAUUUAAAAUGCAGGACUGUGCAUGUCACCUGACUUCAGUUCAAGUCACAGAAAGUUUAGUGAAACCGCUAACAGAUUAUAAAGUCAGGUUUAAUGAAGCAAGAUUUUUCAUCCACAAUUCCAGUUUUGUAAGCCUCCUUUGUGAAAUCCUCUUCUGGAUUAAGAGCAACGUUUUCACUACCGUCCGGGAGCGGCUGUCUGUCACUUUCUGCCACUCCUCUAGGUCGUAAUGAGGCUUCUUUUUUAUCUUAGUGCCUUGGAUUUAUACUCCUCCAUUUCUGUGAAUUUGGCCCAGCAAAAAAGCACCUGACUGCUCUGAAUAGAUCAAAGAUUUUUAUACUGCAUAUUAGCCCAGUGUUUUUUUUAGGACAUGCAAUAGCUGGAAGUGACUUUGAACAGUGCAAGUGUUCAGACAUCAAAGUAACAUCAGACAAAACUAUGUGUUGACUUCAGGCUCUCAUCUUGAAGUGUCCCCACCUGCUGUUCGGUUGACACCUCAGUUACUGACUUCAUAAAUCUUCUGCAUGGAAACAUCCUUAGUUGCCUCAUCAUCAUCACCAUCAAAAUAAAUAGAGAACAACAUAGGUGGCAUGAAGACCUUUAAAGAUCAUGUACAUUCUCAGUUGUUCCAAUUUGUACCCUAAAUUUAAACUGACUGCAGUAACUUGUACGGGCUAGUGUAGAAAGUAUUUGUGGAUUUAUGAUUGAAGGGGGAUUGAUAAUAGGGUUAGCUUGAAUUAAAAAACGUAAGGGAGAAAGUCACUGUAAAACAAAGGUUUCUCUGUGCAUUCGUAGGCUUAUCGGCAUUUUGUGAAAAUACCGUAUUGCAUCAUAAAUCUCACUAUAACAAAUCUCAGACAGGAAAAUAUUACCAGCGAUCUUCAUCUUUAGUGUUGUUGCUAUGUGCAAAUGUUGAGGAAUCAAAUACUUAACAGGUUUAAUCUGCUCAUUAAAUUGUUCUUGUCGCUGAGGAUUUGUUCAGGAAUAACCUUGUAAAGUUAGCCUUUAAAUUUAGCUUCCCUCUUUGUGGUGCUCAAAAGGAUUAUUUUUUACAAUUUUUGGAAAUAUGCUUAUUCGUAUUCGUUAGAUGAGAAGAUAGACACCACUCUCGUGUCUGAACGGUAAAUAUGAAGCUAGAGCCACAAAGUUCUUAGCUUAGCUUAGCCAAAAAAUGGAAACGGAAAUAGCUAGCCUGCCUCUGUCCAAAAUCCACCUGCCAGCACUCCUACAGCUCACUAACCAACACGUAAUAUUCUUCUUUGUUUAAUCUGUACAAAAAACACAUUUGUGGUUUUAUAGUGUGCAAACUGUAGUUCUCGACCAGGCUAGCUGUUUUCCUCUGAUUCCAGUUGUUAUGCUAACUGGCUGCUUGUUGCAGCGUAAUACUUUGUAGACAAGAGAGUGGGACGGAGCUUCUCAUCAAUCUCUCAAUAAGAAAGCAAACGAGCAUCAUUCCCAAAAUGUUGAACUGUUCCUCUAAAACAUAGCGACCAUUCUGGGCGUCUUCAGUGAGCAUAGCAUAACAAUAAUUUACAAUAGGUCGGAUCAACUUGUAACUAGACGGACACACCAACAAUUGUAAUUAAGCACUAUGCCCCAACUGCAACAGAUUUAUGGACUUAACAUUUGGGGAAACAAACCGUUGGCAUAGCUAGAAAGCUGCGAUUGCGCAGAGAAACCUCACCAUAUUUCGUGUGACAUGUGCCUUUUAUUGUGGCUAGUAUCACAACCUAGAAAUGUAAAUCAGGGAGGAUGAGACGUUAACGGACCAGAUGUGUAAAGAUGGCUACUUCCUGCCGUGACAUCAUUGCUUCACCCCUGGGUCGUCGCUGGCAACGCUGAGUACUUAUGAACUUCCUUUAGACACAAAGGUUGGGUCCAGGAAAAUGCCUGCUUUAACCACCUGAUCCUUUUUAACACUGAAAGUGUUGUAUCUAUGUACAGUAGACACACAUGAGCCCAUAGCUUAUGACCUGGUUCAACUGACCUGUGAAAUGGAUUCAGUUACUUUUGUAGUUUGUACCAGUGCAGUUCAUGACCUUGAGCGGCUUCUUUGGCGCCUUCGGUUCUGUUCCAAAGUCAAAGACGGCUGUUUCUCCACACACACCCAUUUAUAAAAUGUUCUCUUGAGAUGCAAAAUGGUGUGACCCCAGUGUAACUUUAUUCCCUUUCUUUCUUUCUUUCUUUCUUUCUUUCUUUCUUUCUCGGAAAGGAGCUGAAUUAAUAUUAGAAACUGAAAAGAUUUCAGAGUUUGAUCCAGGUCUUAUCUUUUACCAGAGAUCAGUGUACUUUUCUAGUCUUGCGAUGCAUGUUCAUCUUUAUUAUGGACUGGAGAUUUUCAGUAGGUUCGGACACACGUUAAAAAAAUGACAUAAGUUUAGUAUUUUUUUUAAAUCAGUGUUACUUUGUCUCAUUUCUCCUUGACCUGAGUUUAACUGGAGUAGACAGGUUGUCAGUGAUGAGUUCUGACAACCAUCAAGUUAGAGUCGAUGACAAAUGGGAAAUUUUACCUUUUAGAAAAUGUCACAAGAAACGGUUAUGUAACACGAGUAAUGAAUAAUGAAACUGGAUUUUUUUUUGAAGAACUUCAUCUUUCUUUUUCAAAAGUAUUAUUGGUGUCAAUUUCUCUCAGUAAUCUGUUAGGACCUUUGCUUUCACUUGCUGUUCACACUGCAGCCAUGUUGCAUUUGUUUUCCCAGUAAGCGUUGUCUGCAGUGCGAUGACAAAGGCUGAAGUGAAAGUAACCUCUAUAUUGUCUAUAGAGCAUCAACAGUAUGAAGUUGCUUUGUAUUGUAAAAAAAAAAAAAAAUGUUGGUAAAAAGAAGGGAGGGUGGCAUACUGUAUAUAAUGAUGUCAUUAUUUGUCUGAGAAAAGAUUUGUACCAUUGUUUCAAAUGUGCACUUAUCCUGAUAUUUUCUUUUUGCUGUUUAAUAUCAGUCAAAUGCUAGAGCUCUUGAUAAUAAACUUAAUGAUGUGUGAA